AUGCCUGGAGACUCGAGCAAAGGCAUAAUAUAUGCCGCUGUUCAGUACCAUCCCUUGUACCCCCCAAAGCUAGAUGUCGAAAGACUGCCGAUCUAUAUCAACCCCAGACGCCUAAGCACUCUGACGAAUUACCUCGAAGCCACUGACAAGGACUUGACUGCAGCGCUCAAGCGACGAUUGAUCCCUGUCGCUGGCAACGCUCAGCCAGCACACGGUAGCCGGCAUGUAGACCCUGCUACCUCAUGCUCGGCGGUACAGACACUCAAAAAAACGCUGUUGUGA